AUGUCUUCUUCCAUCUUACCUUCUUGUCUUGUUCGCCAAAGCCCUUUCAGCCAUGAUCCUAACUGGUUCUACAUGAUCCAUAGUCCAUUAGGCAAUUUGGAUCUCCACCGUCUUGAACCCAACAUCCAACCACCUCCUCCUUCACUCACAAUUGACUUAAACUUUGGCUCUCAAUUGAUCUCAAGUUUCAUUAAUUCUAACCAACAUGAACUCACAUCAACAACUGAAACAAAGACAUUCAUAUUAGAUAUCCAAGAAUUCAAUCAAAGGUUCUCUGCAGAACUAGCCAUCAACACUAUGUUCAUGAACACCUCGACCGGAGCAACAUUGCCGAUCGAAAGACGUCGAUGGAUGGUCGCCGAUAUCGCUAAUGUUAUCGUGUCAUUUGUUCGAGACGGUAUCUGUUUCGCGUAUAAUGAGAUCUUCAUCAACUUGGAUGUCGCGGAUCUUGUGCAAGAUGAUGUUUUAAAUGAGAUAUUACAGGAAUCAUUUGAAGACUCUGAUGAGUUGAGUGUUGCUUGUCCGGCAUCACAUGUGCUUUUGGAGAGCUUGGUGACUGAUCAAGUAGUGUUCAGUGAUGAUGAAGCAGUGAGUUGUGUGAUAUGUUUGGAAGAGUUUGUUUCUGGUGAUGUCAUCAAACGUUUGCCUUGUUCUCAUGUUUUUCAUGGAGAUUGCAUUGAUGGUUGGUUUGUACGGAAGGAUUCUUGUCCGCUUUGUAGAUUCACUUUGCAUGUUUGA